AUGGAACCAGCAGACUAUUCCGACUAUCUUGACGGCCUCCAAAUCCUCGAACAAGUAAGCAAUUGGUUGGACAAUCAGUUACCAGGUGGUGACUCCCUCAGUUCAGAAAGGCGUUCUGCAUCAGUUGCCAACACGUCGUCAAACACUCAGCAACAAGUUAUCGAUCCCAAGGACGAAGCCGACAACGACAAUGAUGGGGAAGAUUUCAAGGUUUCUAUUGAAUAUAAACUCUUCGUAACGUUGAAAAAGAACAAGUCAAAGCCUACUAACACCCGCGGAGGAAAUAAGCGAAAGGCAGUGACGGCUGAUACCCCCGAUAAAUAUGCGCGAUUAAUUUCCAAACCGAAUAAGCUAUCGCUAACUUGGAACUCUGCACAUACUAGCCUUGCAGUUUUCAAAGAGGCCGUGCUUGAAGUCCUCCGUGCACUCGAACCGGAUCAGGUGUUUGGACAUGCGGAGAAGCAAGAGAGGGAGAAGAACCUCUGCUGGUAUGUGAUUAUCCCUUACGGUGGACAAUUCAUCGAGAAGAACCAAACUCUGUUGGACAACUCCAAAAUAUUCACGAGGUUUGUUGAGGUGGCCGAGGCGAAGGGGGAAGCAAAGAUCUACUUGGUCCAAAAUGACCCCAAGACAAUUGCCGAGCGCAAUGAAGCUUUAAAACAAUUAUCUGAGCAGGACAAGGAGAACACCGACGACCAAUCUGCGCAAGCGGAGCCGACGGCUGGUGCAAGUUUCAACAGACAGGUGAUCGAGAAUAUGUGGUUGCUAAGGGCGACUCAUAUGCCGAGUGAGCAAUUGACGGGGUCAAUGGAGCUUCCAGUUAUGAUUGACCCCAAAGAUUCGAAGCGGUUCAUUGCGCUCAGUCCGGAUCGAAUUAGCCUCUGGGCCAGAGCGAUGGUUACCAACAACGAAGUCACGGUAGACAAUCCGCCAAAAUCUCUGGCCUUCCGAUUCCAGACGAAAGCCGAAUUCAAAGGAAUCACUGCAGGUGCCGAAGAAGAGGGAGAUAAUGCGAUCGAUGUCCGCGCUAGGACGACUGAAGAUUUGGCUAGUGUUCCUAGAACUCCCGGCAGCAACAGAAGCCCAGCUGGUACUGCAUCUGCAUCGGGUUCUACAAACCACAUCAACUUGUCGCCGAUUCAAAUGGGAAUGGGGGCCUAUCCACCGUCGAUGAGUUGGCCGUCAGGCAACCCUUGGGGAUGGGGCCCUCCAAACCCAAACUUCUAUGUCCCAUACGGUGGGAUGCGACACGAGCAUCCACCAGGAUGGCAGCCCAACCCGUUUCUCGCUCACAAUUCUCACUUGGCUGCAGGGACUAUGAACACCGGCCCUGUUUCUUCGCCGCCGGCUUCAGACGACACUGUGGAUAUCAAUGAUUACUUGUCAUUCUGCCACAUCGAUCAUAAUUGUGAAUCCGUACAGAAGGCGCUGGUCGAUUACGGUAUCACUCAUUAUCAAGAAUUUGAAAACAUCAAACCUGAAGAGCUCGAAGUGUUUGGUGUGAAAAAGAGCAAAGCGAGAUUGCUCGUCUCUAACACCAAAAAGUACGGACGCACUCUUAAAAAGCGCCGCCUCAACAAGUAG